AUGCCUGCGAAGGAGCCAAGUUCGGUUGUCCCCGCACAGCUGUCCUACCUCGCGAUAUACAACCCAUCCUUAGGGCCUACAGACGAGACUCUCGGAGAUCAGAUUGUUUUCUACUAUUCAAGAAAGGAAAACACAAAAGUCUCUGAAAGCACGCGGCAAGGUGGCACUGGCGACGAUGAUAAUGUUGAUAACAACGAGAGGUUGCGCCAGAUAGGUCUGGCGCAGGGUAUGGUGAACUUCGCGAAGAAUUUCUCUAACGGCGAAGCGGUGAACACAGUCGACACAGAAAAAUCUCGGAUCACGUUGCAUGAACUGGAGACCGGUUGGUGGAUCCUCGCCUCCGUUGACUAUACACGUUUAUCUGCUGAAACGUCUGCCUCACGCGCACCAAAACCAGGCGAUGCGCAACCCACCCAAGUUGAAUACUCCUCCCGCGAAGUUGCCCCUCCCCUUCUUAUCCUGCAGCAACUUUUAAAGGCGCACGCGAUAUUCCUCCUGCAUCACGCUCCCUCUCUUGAUAUACUGUACAACCGUCUAUCAAGAACAUCAUUUUGCAGUGCGCUGGACCAAUUCUGGACGAGAUUUAUUUGGGGUUGGGAUGCUCUUUUAAAUGGAAAUCCGGCAGUUGAUAUAUUGAAUGGCAUCAAACUUGCGGCAACGGGAGAGCUAGGGAUUGGAGUCGGUGAAGAGGAAUGGGGAAGUGGAGAACGCGAAGUUUUAGAAGAUUUCAUCUCGAGAACGAAUGGGCUAGUUGAUAUGGUUGUAUCACGUUUCGGAGACCCAUCAACAUCAAAUCAUCAGGGUCAAGAUACCCAGAACCAAAAUACCCCUAAAUCUGAGCCAGCUGAAGAAAAUCAGCCUUGGAUAGGAUGUAAAACUCCUCCACGUUCAUUUGAUGGCGUGAUAUUUUCAGGAGUCGGGACAAUUUCCAAGCAGUCUCUUACCUGUGUAUCCCACUGGAUGGAAUGGAUAUACCGCUAUGGCGAAGACGCAUUCGGAGUUAGACGUGAUCCGAAAUCCACGCGGCGACGCAAACGACGGACAUCCCCUAAAAAUAGGGCCCCAAAUGGUGCCCAGAAACCCAAUCCUAUGUCCCUCAGGUUUUCGCCAAGACGCAGCUUAUCCCCCGGGAUUCCUCCUCCUUUGGUAAUCGGGUCAAUUAAGACAUCCAAGCCCAGACCUGAAAGGUCGACAUUUGGGGAGAGUAGUCGCAACGCGCAAGACGUCUCAAAGCUUUCUCCAGAGAAACCAAGCAAUUCUUCCCUAUUCAGCACGGACAGUUUUAUGAAAUUAUUGACCUCUGGAUACGGACCAUCUUGGCCUGAUACUUCGAAUUACUUCUCGCUCUCACAUCCACGAGUGAACUUUUUGAAGCUUAGCAGCGGCCCCCACACAACUGCUGUUGACACGGAUAAUCUGCCAGAGACAAGUUCUAUAGGAAGGGAAGGCGCAGUAUUAUCAAAAUCUCACAACAACGGCAGGUUUAUAAUAGGGCUUCGAGAUGAUUUGGAGAUCGAGGAGAGCGAUGGCGAGGACGACACAGAGUCUGGUGAGGUGGGAGAUAUACCAGCGAAGAAAGUUCAGACAGACAAAACAGUCCUCCGGACGUUGAGUCUAAAGAUGCAAGAGCCCAUAUCGAAAGAAGGCAAUGGAGGUACGACAUCCGUUGACGAAUACAGGGAUUUGCAAGUGGUAGUAUAUCUUAAUCAACCCUUCAUGUUCACAUUCCUCUUUGAACUCAAAACGCCAUCGCUAUCCUCUUCCUCAUUUUACCGGAGCAUCCAUCACCAGCUCGGGCCUCUCCAAAGGCCUCUAUUGCUCUCAACGUCAUUAGACAAGAUUCCCCAACGAGCUCCGCUAUGGAACCAGUACCAAAGCUCGAAAGAAAAAGGUCCCAAUCAACAAUCACCGCUGUAUGAUCUUAUUUACGACCCUACGACGUGUUUCAUUCACACUUCCCUUCCCAACAUACCGGAGCCAGGGGCACCAGUCCAAGCAAUACAAUUAUCGUCACACAAUUCUACUGAACCAGCAUGGUCCCGCCAAGAUAUCCUCAAUGUCCACAUGCAAAUUCUAACUACCUACAUCGAAACAAGAAACCGGCCCUCAGAAGUCGAACGAACGUGUAUGACAAGUAGAGGCUGGUGGGUGUUAUGGAUGCGUCUAAAGGACUCUAGCUCCCACGGUGAAAUAGCUGGAGAAGAAAUCGAACAACAGCAGACACUACCAGCGUCGCUAUCAUCUACAUCAUCCCGUCCUGCCUUGUCAUCAGUGAAACUCACACCACCUCCUAAGGAAGCCUUCCUCGUCCGGAAGGCCAGCGAUUACGCCUUACCUAGCCAUGCUCGUAAAUCCAGCGGAGCAAGAUUCUUCCGGGACAUUAGCGGUGCAUCAGCCGCGUCGCAGUCCAGCGCAGGGGAUGGACGAAGGGGAUGGUCUGGGCCGGGGAAACUUGCUGAGGGUGUGGGACUCGAUGCGCGACGGUAUAUUGAAGCCUUGUUAAAUUUGAAUCGGUAA